GUUCGUUUGCGAUUUGAUAGUCACACGGUUACACACAAUCGCACGCAUUGCUGUCAAGUGUAUUCAUGGCAGAUAAUCUGUUUAGGAAGAAAUUACAGACUAAUUGUCGAUUGUGAUAUGUUACGGUAAUAAGAAGCGACGCUCACUUACACAGAGUAUUAACACGUUAAUUUGUUUUAAGUAAACGUAGUGCAGUUGAGUUUGCCUGAUACUUUUUCCACACACAACACACACACUGUGUCACACAGUUGACAUCAAAGUCUCAGUUGCAAUCCUCUCAUCCAGUUAUUAUUAAAUAUUGCACCAGAAAUAUGCCGCUAUUCGGGAAAUCGCAGAAGAGUCCGGCGGACGUGGUCAAGGCGCUGAAGGAAUCGGUCAACUCGUUGGAGAAGGGCGACAAGAAGGCUGAAAAAGCCCAGGAGGAUGUCAGCAAGAACCUGGUGCUCAUCAAGAACAUGCUGUAUGGGACGUCCGACGCCGAGCCACAGACUGAUAUUAUAGUUGCACAACUUGCUCAAGAACUGUACAAUAGUAAUCUACUGUUGCUACUCAUCCAGAAUUUAAAUCGCAUUGACUUUGAGGGCAAGAAGGAUGUGGCACAGGUUUUUAACAACAUAUUACGCCGUCAAAUAGGCACGCGGUCACCGACUGUGGAGUACAUUUGCACCAAACCUGAGAUUUUAUUCACACUGAUGACUGGUUAUGAACACCAGGAGAUUGCAUUAAACUGUGGCACGAUGUUACGAGAAUGCGCCAGAUACGAAGCGUUGGCCAAAAUAAUGUUACAUUCUGAGGACUUUUACAACUUCUUUACUUAUGUUGAAGUUUCCACGUUCGAUAUUGCAUCCGAUGCAUUUUCAACAUUUAAGGAAUUAUUAACACGACACAAAAUGCUAUGCGCGGACUUCUUGGAAACGAAUUACGAUAAGGUGUUCACACAUUAUCAGCGUCUGCUGAAUUCGGAAAACUAUGUCACCCGUCGCCAGAGCUUGAAAUUGCUCGGGGAAUUAUUAUUGGACCGACAUAAUUUUACCGUAAUGACAAAAUACAUUUCUAAUCCUGAUAAUUUGAAACUGAUGAUGAACAUGCUAAAGGAGCGAUCUCGGAAUAUUCAAUUCGAAGCUUUCCAUGUAUUCAAGGUGUUCGUCGCGAAUCCCAACAAACCGAAGCCAAUAUUAGACAUUUUAUUACGUAAUCAAGAUAAACUGGUAGAGUUCUUAAUGAAGUUCCACACGGACCGAGCGGACGACGAACAAUUUAACGACGAAAAAGCAUAUCUGAUUAGGCAGAUCAAAGAAUUGCGGCCUGUAACUGGACAUUAGUAACUAUACAUUAAUGUACUUUACAUAUUAUAACACAUAAUUAUUAUAAUUAUUAUAAAGAGGAGCGUGGAAGCGAAGCGCUAGUGCUAAUUGAGGAGUUAUAGUGAAAUGAUUUAAGAAAACCGCAGAACACAAACAAUAGAAACGUACGUUAUAAAUAUUUGUUGCUAACUUUGUCAUACAAUUAAUGUGUUUCUUAUGCAAUAGUUUGCACAACUAUAUUAAAUUAUUUAUUCAAAAACUAUUUAAGCGUGCGCCUGACGAAUUUAAGGUAUUUUAUCUGUAUUGUUUCUCUGCCGCUACGCCCGAGAUAUCCCAAGAAACAAAAAAGCUUAUUGGUGACAAGGUGUACACAUGUAAGACGUCGAUACGAAUAUUGAUUAAAUUAACAUAACGCUGUAGUCGUAAGAUGAUUGAUAUUGAAUUCUGUAACACGUUGCUAAGCUGUUGCCGGAGUUCUGGCCAAAUACUGCGAGUCGUCCACGAUAUAUACGGUUUUGUUGAUAUAAAAAGAAAAUUAGUUGGAACUAAGACCAUGCACUCCGCCGUUCUAGAAUAACACUACGUUUACAAGAAACAGAUAGCCUGGUAUAAAAAUAUUAUUAAUGUUAACUAACUAUUGCAAUUAUGUAACUACCAUGUCACUGCAUGAGCAAAGUGAUUACGUGUUUUCUGCGCUAUUCAUUAAUCAACGUGCUACAAUUCACUAUUAAUAUUAUUGUAGUCGGUUGCGCAAUUAAAUUAUUAAUCAAUAAUGUAGAGAGCACGUACGCCGUCUAAAACUGUAUUAUGUAAAAUCACUUUGCUCGUGAGUUUGCGAUACACACAAGUGAUAAAAUAAAGUUAGUGAUGCUGGAAUGCAUUCUCCAAAAAAAGAUAUGAUGAUGUGUAUUCCAGAAAUAAUAUUCAUACUGAGUGUUUCAAUAAUAUUUUAUAUUUGUAUGAAGACAAAGAUGCGCGGAUGGUAUUUUCUAAAAACUAAAAUCGAAUGAAACCAUACAAUUAAAAAUGAGCGGAUUGAGGUGCAGAUGAUGACAGUAAUGUUAUAGAAACUUGCGCUUAACAUUCAGAUGGUAGCAGUUUAAUCGUUAAUUAAUGUUUAGUGUAUAAUGUCGUCUUUGGUUCCAAGCGAUCGUUUAAAGUUUCCAUUAAAUCAUAUUUAGUUUAGUUUAGAAAAAUUUCCGUAUUACCCACCGACACAUAAGUUAUUUAUAUAAAACAAAGCAAAAAUAAUUUGAUAUAGAAAAUAAUCAAUUCUAAGAUAAUCCAAUCAAUAUUGAGAUAAUGUUCACGGUCACAUUGAGAGAACAAGGGAGAUCCUAAGCUAAAUAAACAAUUAAAAUAAGUUAUACCGAAGUGCUUGUGGUUAAGUUGAGGAUUGAAGGUACGGAAAUUAAUAAAUACUAGCGUAUUCUAACGAUUAACAUUGCUGCAUCGAGAUGAUGCCCCGCCAAUAAGGGUUAUUAAACAGGAGGAAUAAAUUACAAAAACGUAAAUGUAAGGAUGUAAACAAAUACGAGAUGAAGCGAACGAAUCAGCUAUAGUUUUCUAUCUAUAUUGAAAGUUAUGAUAAAAUGUUUUUUGUAUUAAAACGCCAAGGAUUGUUUGUAAUACGAAACGAGAAGAUACGAAACUCUAAAAUCUAGCACACCACACGCAAAUACAUAACAUGUACAUGUUGAAAAAGGAACAAAUACUAUAUAACAAUACACAAAUAAAUAGCUGAAUUGCGAACAUAAUAAACCGAAAACCAUAAUUCUUAAAUGAAUGAAGACAGAAAUGCGAAACAAUAAUUAAUAUAAUAUGAACGAUGUGUGUAACAAUUGGAUAUUCUAGGAAGUGAUAAUUUUUCUUCCAUGUUCUCGCAUUGAUUCGGUUCAAGUGCGGCCUGUUUGAUGAAAUUGUAGUUUAUGAUUAGGUUGAUUAAGUUUUGCGUUGUAUUUAAUGUUAUUUUGGCCGACAUAUAGCGAUUUUAAGUUUGAUUUGUAUUAAUUAGGUAGAUUCAUAAGCUUUAUGUCAUAACUAUAGUCUGAUACUAUUGAUAGUUAUAGUAUAUUAUUUGCUCUUUUGUUUUUAUCUAUUGAAUAUUCUAUUUAAUCAGAAAAUAUUGUAUAUUUAUUGUUUAUCAUUUACCAAAACUUACACAGAAAAUAAAUAUAUUAAAAUGCGA